AUGUCAGUCCUAGCCUUCAAAGCAAUCGGCUACGGCGCAGAGCAGAUUCCAGACAAGUUCUUUGAGAAAAUACCCGGUGGUUUCUUCACGCCUGCAGAGAAGAAGCAGAGAAAAGACGCGCGCGACAAGAAAGAGAAAGAGAAAGACCGACACCGCAGCGAAGAGCGUUCCAGCAAGCGCAGCUCGAGACAAGACCGCAACCCGCAAAACGACUAUUCCGACGACAGCGCCUACGACAACUCGGGCCGCGAGUACGAGCGCGACCGCAGGAAGAAGGACCGCAGCAGGCGAGCAAAGAGCGUAGGACGCAGUUCUAGUAGGAGCCUGAGUCGAGGAAGACACAACCAACGCAGCAGCGACUUGGACGGGCAGUACAGCGAAAACAGGGACAUGGCCCAACCCGGACAGGGAGAGCCCUACUUCCCCCCACCGCCCACGUCCGAAUAUAGGCCGUACAACCCACAAGAAUACGCUUCAGAGCGGCCUCAGGGCGACUAUCGGCCAGCCUCACCAGGACAGCCUUACGGCUACCCGCCACAGCGCGACCUUUCCGACGAUGGCCAACUUUUCACCACGGGGACCGACGUCGUCAAUGACGUGUCCGCCGAUGCUGAUGAGUAG